AUGGGAUAUACUGACCCUUCAUCAAGCAGGGAUUUACUGGGAAACAGAACUUUGUUCUUCAUAUUCAUCUGCGCCUUUGCUGUGGUCACCUUGCUGCAGCAGAUUCUCUAUGGGAGAAACUAUCUCAAAAGGUAUUUUGAGUUUUAUGAAGGGCCUUUGGAAUACAAUUCUACCAAAUGCCUGGAAUUACGGCAGGACAUCAUUGAGGUGAAGGUUUUGUCUAUGGUGAAACAAACUGAAUUGUUUGACAGAUGGAAGAGCCUACAGAUGUGCAAAUGGGAGAUGAAUGUCACAGAAGCUAAUUUAUUCAAGUCAACUUUGUCGAGGUGUUGCAAUGCCCCUGCCUUUCUGUUCACCACCCAGAAAAAUACUCCUUUGGGAACUAAACUGAAAUAUGAAGUGGAUACUAGUGGAAUCUUCCAUAUCAACCAAGAAAUCUUCAAAAUGUUUCCAAAGGAUAUGCCGUACCACCGCUCCCAGUUUAAGAAAUGUGCGGUGGUUGGAAACGGAGGAAUUCUGAAGAACAGCAGAUGUGGCCAGGAGAUUGACAGUGCAGAUUUCGUGUUUCGAUGCAAUUUGCCUCCUAUAUCCGAGAAAUAUUUCAUGGACGUUGGGGUAAAGACGGAUGUUGUGACUGUCAAUCCCAGUAUAAUUACUGAGAGAUUUCAUAAGCUGGAAAAAUGGAGAAAACCCUUCUACGACGUGCUUCAGGUCUACGAGAAUGCUUCCGUGCUGCUGCCAGCUUUCUACAACACUCGCAACACGGAUGUCUCAAUCCGGGUCAAGUAUGUCCUGGAUGAUUUUGAAUCUCAGCAAGCUGUUUAUUACUUUCAUCCUCAGUAUCUUAUCAACGUCUCACGCUACUGGCUCAGCCAAGGGGUGCGGGCGAAGCGGAUUAGCACUGGACUGAUCCUGGUGACUGCUGCCCUGGAGCUCUGUGAAGAGGUUCACCUUUUUGGCUUUUGGGCCUUCCCCAUGAACCCCUCAGGGAUUUUUAUAACUCACCACUAUUAUGACAAUGUGAAACCUCGCCCUGGUUUUCAUGCUAUGCCCUCAGAAAUCUUCAAUUUCCUCCACAUGCACAGCAAGGGGAUCUUGCGGGUUCAUACAGGGACCUGUAGCUGCUGUUGACAAGGAUAUUUCUUCCUCUGGCACAGAAGUGUAACAGGAAUUCGAUGCCUGUGUAUGGUGUAGGAGGUUUUAUUACACCCUGAGAUUAUGCAAUAAUUGUUUGAUAUAAAUUUCCUCAAGGCAUUGCAUCCCAUAAGAUCUAGGAUACCAGCAUCUUCCCUGCUAGCAGAGUUGUGUCUGUAACAGUGUGGGAGAAGCAAAACUCCUCUGUCC